AUGUCCGUUCAACAUCUGCGAAAUUCUAGGGUUUCUCGCCUCUUCCUAAUCUCCUUCGUUAUUUUCUUCAUCUAUUUCCCAGGUUUGGUGUUAUCCGCGGUAGUGACGCUGAGUUCCUUUGAGAUCUUCACAACCCAUGAGUGGCUGAGAGCCACUCCGACUGUAUAUUUUCGAUGCACCGGGGAUAACAAGACGGUUUUACCUGAUGUCAAGAAAAAACAUGUUCUUUAUGCAUUUAAGGGAGAAGAGUCUUGGCAGCCUAUCACUGAAUUUAUAGGUAGAAAAUGCAAGCGAUGUGGAUUCUAUGAGAAAGACAGCAUUCUUAAGGAUCAUGAAUUUGAUGAGUGGGAGCUGUGUCCUUCUGAUUUUUCCGCACCUGCUGGCAAUUAUGUUCACUUCAAGGAAAAAGAAUUUAAUGCUAGUUUUCUAUGCCCUGAAUGCCUACUUUUUUCUAAUAAUGUUACUAUGUCAGCACCUGAGGGGGAUCAUAAAGAAAAGGGAAAAAAUAUAGGGGUUAUAAUUUUGGUUGCCGUUUUGGUCUCAGCCGUACUGAUCGCGGGAGCUCUGGGUGCAUAUAAGUACUGGCAAAAGAGGAAGAGAGAACAGGAUCAGGCCCGAUUUUUGAAGUUGUUUGAUGAAGGGGAUGACAUUGAGGAUGAGCUCGGCCUUGGCCCAAUGUUAUGA